UUUUGAAAUCUGUUGUAAACAUCUUCGUGCCUCGUGGUCGUCUGUCUGCCAUUGACUUUGGUCAGCUGUGCAUCGAUUAAACCUAUAAGCUUGUAAACGACGUCCUUCCCGUUCAGUGCCCGACUGCCUGUUCUUUUCCUUUCUAUGCGCCAGAGAGAAUGGCGGAUCUGUGUGGCGGCAUCACGCUGGAGAUGUUGAAGGAGGCCUGGGAGACGGUGCGCUCGAGUCCCCUGGGCGUGAUAAACACCCCCAUGAUCCCAUGGAGCCAGACAACUCUGCAGCUCGACGGCCCAGCAUGCAACAUUCAUAUAAAGCUGGAGAACAUGCAGCGGACCGGUUCAUUCAAGAUAAGAGGAGUCGCCAAUCAGUUUGCCCGACGACCUGCAGGCGGCGAUUUCGUCACCAUGUCAGCUGGGAAUUAUGGGAAGUCGUUUGCCUUCGCGUCAAAGCACUACAAAUCCAAAGGGAAAGUAGUAAUGCCAGAAACUGCCCCAGUGUCCAGAUCGGUUCUGAUUCAAAGUUUUGGCGUGGAGGUUGAGCGCGUCCCCAACUCCGGUAUGAUGGACGCGGUGAACCGCUGUGUUCAAGAGGAGAACAUGACCUUUCUGCAUUCUUACGACGACAUGGACCUGAUAGCUGGCCAUGCCAGCCUGGGCUUUGAGCUCCUGGAGGCAGUGCCCAGGCCUGACGUGGUGGUGGUCUGCUGUGGAGGGGGCGGCCUGCUGGCCGGCGUGGCGGCCGCUCUCAAGCUCUCGGGGUGCCAGGGCACCAGGAUCUACGGCGUGGAGCCAGACGGGGCAUGCACCAUGUUCAAGAGUUUCAUGGAGAAGAAGCCUGUUGGCAUGGACACUAAGAGUAUCGCCUCCGGCUUAGCGCCUCCCUUUGCAGGCGCGUUGCCCUACGAGUUGUGCCAACGGUAUGUGGAGGACAUCGUCCUGAUAACGGACGAGGAAAUCAAGAGUGCGGUGUCCACUCUAUACGGAGCUGGACUGCUUGUGGAACCCUCGGGAUCGGCGGCCUUCGCUGCCGUUGCCAACGGACGGAUACCUGACAUCGCCGGGAAGACUGUCGUCGUCAUCUUGAGCGGAGGAAACAUCGGCAAAGACGAGCUGGUCCACUUCCCUGACUGAGACUUCAGGGUGAUGGAUUGGGGGUGGGGGUCAGUCACUUAAAGGUGCUCUAAGCGAUGUUAGGUAACGUCACUUCUGUUGACGUUCAAACAAAACAGAGAGCUAGCUUGCUACUC